CUUUGAACGAUACAUACGUCCCUUGAGACGAUGAUGGGCGAGAAAAGAAAAAGCCCGUGUGGGUAAGUAAUAGCCACGCCAGAGGGGACAGACACCACUCGUGCGCGCAAAACAACCACGAGGCCGGCCAGUCAGCCUAUAUCCAGGUGCCAGCGGGUAUGUGUGUAUGUGUGUAUGUGUGUAUGUGUGUAUGUAUACAGAUGCUCAUCAUCAUCUCACUCGGUGACGGGUCGUUCGUUAGUCAGUGACAGUAGUUCCCGCUGGUCGGUUUCGGUGAUGAGCCGAAAGUCUCGGAUGGCUGGUGCUGUGUGUUGUGUUGAGCCACACUUGACAAAUAUGGAGGAGGCGCAUCAUUAUGGAUCAUUCCGCAUACAUAGUAGAAGAUUCUCCAGCUCUUGUUGUUGUUAUCAUUAUUAUUAUCAUUAUCGUUAUUAUUAUUAUUAUUGUGCGUCAAUGCCGGCCGGAAUGACGAGACCACGGAAUCAUCCCUGUCGCUUCGAGACCAGUUUUACGCGCGCGCCUCUCCCACAUCAUCGUCAUCGUCUUCUUCUUCAUCAUCAUCUCGACCGCACACGCCAGCAGUAUCGGAUGCUGUGUGCGUUUUGCUCGCAGACGCCUCUUUCAUGGUCACGACAAGGACAUCACACACGGGCGAGGGGAAUGUCGUGCCAUUGCCAUGACAAUCUCGCAGAUCCAAUAGCUCCCACGUUUCAUCGCAGGCUAUCCGAUAGCUUAAUUCCCAUCUCUCAUCUAGGCGGUAGAGGCGAGACGGUGAGAAAGCGUACCGGAGGAAGAGAAAGGCAUGGGGUCCAACGUUGACGGGCUUGCGUAAUGGCCGGGAGCUGUUCUCUCCCUUGUACAGUGCACUUCCAACUUUGGUGGAGAUUUGGAACAAGCCUUUCUGGCACGCCCCGCCCGUCUCUCCCUCCUCCUCUCCUCCGCCUGCGCCUGCGCCUCAUCUGGG